AUGGCUGACUUUCCAUCUCGCACUUGUCUCUUCCCCCCUCUUCUCCUGUUUCAGUGUGGCAUUGUCCUGGGAGCUCUGCUGCUGAUUUUCUGUUCUUGGAUGACUCAUCAAUCCUGCAUGUUCCUGGUGAAAUCGGCCAAUCUCAGCAAGCGCAGGACCUACCCUGGCCUUGCAUUUCAUGCCUAUGGAAAAGCAGGAAAAAUGUUGGUGGAAACAAGCAUGAUUGGGCUGAUGCUGGGAACUUGUAUUGCUUUCUAUGUUGUCAUUGGUGAUUUGGGGUCCAACUUCUUUGCCCGGCUGCUUGGAUUUCAGGUGUCGGGGAGUUUCCGGAUAGUCCUGCUCUUUGCCGUCUCCCUGUGCAUUGUACUUCCAUUGAGCCUCCAGAGGAACAUGAUGGCCUCCAUACAGUCAUUCAGUGCCAUGGCUCUGAUCUUUUACACGGUGUUCAUGUUCGUGAUUGUGCUGUCGUCCUUCAAGCAUGGCCUCUUCAGCGGGCAGUGGCUGCAGCGAGUUAGUUACACUCGUUGGGAGGGCAUUUUUCGCUGCAUCCCCAUCUUUGGCAUGUCUUUUGCCUGUCAGUCUCAGGUCUUGCCUACCUAUGAUAGCUUGGAUGAGCCGUCUGUUAAAAUCAUGAGCUCCAUAUUUGCUUCUUCCCUAAACGUGGUCACCACCUUUUACAUUACGGUGGGCUUCUUUGGCUACGUGAGUUACACCGAAGCCAUUGCUGGGAACGUCCUAAUGAACUUCCCUUCCAACCUCGUGACGGAGAUGAUUCGUGUGGGAUUCAUGAUGUCGGUAGCUGUGGGGUUUCCGAUGAUGAUUCUCCCAUGCAGACAGGCACUGAACACCCUUCUCUUUGAGCAGCAGCAAAAAGACGGCACCUUCGCUGCUGGGGGUUAUAUGCCCCCGCUUCGGUUCAAAGCUCUGACGUUGGCUGUUGUGUUUGGAACCAUGGUGGGAGGCAUCAUGAUCCCGAAUGUGGAAACAGUCCUGGGCCUGACAGGUGCUACGAUGGGAAGCCUCAUUUGUUUCAUCUGCCCAGCUCUUAUUUACAAGAAGAUCCACAAGAAUGCGCUUUGUUCACAGAUUAUACUGUGGAUUGGCCUGGGAAUACUGGUUAUUAGUACGUAUACCACCUUGUCUGCAACGGAGGACGCCCCCGUGAAGACAGAAGCGAUGGGCUUGGAGCACCUGGACAGAGAGGAGAACAGAAUUGACCAGGAUUUGGUCAAAAUCCCAG